GCCCAGCAGCAGCAGCCACUGUUGCUGAUGCCCCGGCGGCCGCAGUGGGGUCCGUGAAGGGGGUUGGGGUGUGCUGUUGUGCGGAGGCUUCUGCAAGAAGGCACGAUGGGACGGACCCCUGGCCGCUUGGGGGAAAGGGCACUGCACCGCACUGCACCGCACAGCAUUCCCAGACCACAGCACCGGUCUGCCGACACGUCGUCGUACACACGAGUACAGGAUCUGUUCACGUCCGUUGUCAAGGACCCAUCCACGUCCACGUCCACGUCCACGUCCACGUCCACGUUACCCACUUUGGAUCGCCGUCUUUGCUGUGUGCUCAGCUGAAGCCGUUGCCAACCGUCUUUGCCACUGCCCCCUGCCACCACACAGGCGUCCGCCAGGAACACGUCGCCCCCCGCAAUGGCUAGCUUUUUCAAAAAAAUCAACCCCAACAGCAAGUCGCCUAAGCCUGGUGCAGUCUACGACUCGCCGCCAACGGCUUCUCUCCCGUCGCCGCCCGUGAACCAAUUGAAAGGGGAGUUCAACAAGCGGAAGCUGUUCCCGCACAAGGAGAAGGACCCCAAGUACAGAUCGGUGAGCUACGACGUGCCCGCUCCAGGCGCCCGCAACACGGAGAACUACGACUCGAGCAACCCGAACGACACCGUCGGCUCGGCCUCGUCUAACACAACCAGCCACAGCCACAGAACGAGCAACCCCCCAUCGAGAAACACGUCCCACACGCACGAAACACGCCAUGAACAGGUGCCAGCGCAGACCCAGAUGCACACGCCAAAUGGUACAGGAACACUGCUGCACCCCACAGCAGGCGGUGGCACUGCCGGGACCAGCAACAACUCGAACCACUCGUACGGGUCGAACAACUCGAACAACUCCGGCCCUGCAGUGACCCCGUGGCGAAAGAAGAAGCUCUACAAUUCGCCCUUUCCCCGUUUUGGCCACGCAGUCUCCUCCUUGACCUCCACCUCAGGAACAUGCUACCUGAUGGGCGGCUUGUCUGGCAACGACGUUUACGGAGACAUGUGGGUUAUCGAGCCAAUACGAAAACAGGACUCCUCAGGCACGGAUUCCCCCUACAUCGCGUCGCCCAUCGAAAACCCACAGAAAAUCCCCUCUCCGAGAACCGGCCACGCAUCCAUAUUGAUCGGCAAUGCCUUCAUCAUAUUUGCAGGCGACACAGCCAUAAAUUACGAUCAGUCCCUAGACAACAAGCUCUAUUUCUUCAACAUCUCGUCCCUCAAAUGGACAAUUACAUCUCCUGAAGGUCCCAAACCUUGCGGUAGAUACGGCCAUCAGAUCGCCGUGUUGAACUUUGAAAUAAGCCCCAGCAAAUGGUCCAGCCAGUUGUUUGUGUUCGGUGGCCAACUCAACGACCAGUAUUUCAAUGACCUGUGGAGAUUCGACCUUUCCAAGUUCAAAGAUCCUAAUAACCAGUGGGUUAGAAUACACGCCAAGGGUGACUUACCACCACCGUUGGCAAACUACACAAUGACCGCAUGCAAUGACAGGUUAUAUCUGUAUGGUGGCCACAACAGUGGGCACAUCAACGACCAAUUGUAUUGCUAUGAUGCUCUCAAGAAUGAGUGGGCCAUCUGCAAACUCCAUGGUAUAUCCCCGCCUGCGUUGUAUGGCCAUUCUACAACCAUUUUCGGAACACUAUUACUCAUCUACGGUGGAAGACUGCCAAACGACACAAACUCUGGAGAUUUGUUUGUGAUAGACCUUUCCACUUUCCGUUGUUGGAGACUACAACCUAAUCUCCCCUACUCUCCAGGCCCUAGAUAUGGCCAUUCGAUCACCGUCAACCCUGUCGACGAAAAGAUCAUCAUAAUGGGUGGGGAUAUCUACGAUAACGACUUCAAUGGUAUUGACGAUUCAUCGAUUGGUAUGAUAGACGAGGCAAAAUUUUCACUGCUGAGCUCAGUCAUUUAUGAAUGUGAUAUCAAGUUACUGGAAAAGUUUACCGAUAAGUCUUCAAUGGCUAUUAGCAACAGCUCAGAAGCUGAAGUAAGUUCAGUUCCAUUCUCAGCUGUAACUGCAGCUACCAGCAACAAAGCUGAAACUGGAAGUGCAACUCUAGCUUCCGAUUCUAGAACUACAUUCCCAACUUCGUUUGGUAGGGAUAAGGUUCGCAAGUCACAGUUGAAUAUAGACUUGAAUGAUACCUCACCAUCACAGCCACCACAUUCUCCAACCUCGGCAUCAACAGGCCCACUGGUCUCCUCAACACCACUACAUAGUGCAGACGAAGAAGAUUACGUGAGUGUAGAUGAAAGUGUCGUUCAUGGAACUGCCAAGCGUCCAUCUGAAAAGCUGUAUAUGACUUCUGAAUCUCCAUUCUCUAACUCUGACACUAGAAAUCUAUCCGAUUCUACACAGAUAAAGCAUGACUUAGAUGAAAAAUCUCGAAACCACGAAGUUGUGGAUAAUGAAAUCUUCGAGUCCGAAAAUAUAGACAAUAUCAAAAAUGAAAGCACGUUUGCUAAUACAAAUGUACAAACAGAUCCCGUCAGUGACCUGAUUUAUAAAACACCAGAAAACGAUGAAACUUCGAAGCUGAAAAAGCUCACAGCUAUAUCAUCAAACUCAAACACAACUUCAACUUCAGUCUCUAAUAUGACCGCUAAAUCGGUAGACGAAGACGAGGUUUAUGAUGACAUACCUUCCAACUUUGCCACUCCUUCCCUUCAACAGUUUUCCACUAUGCCAUUCAGCAAUUCUGCCACACCCUUUUCCCCAGCCCUGGUAGAAAGGGAUAACGUGAAAUUGAUGAGAUUGAUCCAAAUGGUGAAUGACGUCAAGGCAGAGAUGAAACAAAGUGUGUCGCAGGCGAACUCUCAGAUUGUUACUCUUGAAGCUGAAAAGAAAGAGUUGCUUGAAAAAUUGAAUGCUGAAUCCCGAGGUAAUGAUUCUUCCAUGAUUGAGAAAAAUUUGCAGCUCGAAAGCUUCAUUAAGGAUGAACUCUCAACCAUCCCUGCGUUGAACAGUCUAAUCAAAGAACAACAGGAAACGAUAAAUAGGCUGUCAGCUAAAGUUCAAGGAGAAGAACUACUGCAAGAAAAAAUAUACAACUUGGAAGCCCAAAAUUCUUCGCUUAAUAGCAAAUUAGAGAAUUUCUUUGUCAUUCACGGAGUCACUGCUGUUGGAGAAGAAGAUCAGAGCAAAGAUGUUUCAAAGGCUAUAAAACCAACCAAUUUUGAGUCUGUUACCACCAAAGUCGAUGCCCUUCUUGAGAAAUGGAACAAUGCUGCUCCACACUCUGGGGUGCUUAAAGAGAUAGAUCAUUUGAAACAGACCAACUUCAAUCUUUCCAAGCAGAUAGAGGAUUCAUCCUCAAAAUUCAAAGAGUUUGAAGAACUAUACACAGAAUCUAGAAAUUCAUUGAACAAAUCUCAUAGAGCCCUCUUGCUUUCACAAUCAGAAACUAACAAGUUAAAAGACCAAAUUAAAGUUUUGUCUAAUGAGCUAGAAGAAUUGAAGUUGAAAAAGAGAGUUUUCUCCAACUCAAAUCCAAGAAAACCUAGCUACAACAGAAGUUUGAAUAGUAGCACCAACGCGAAUAGUACUAAUAAAGCUGUAUCAUCACAUGUUGAAGGCGUUGAGCCAAACGAUUUAAAUGGUAGUAAUCAUGCCGUCAAUGAAGGAGCAACAAACCAAUCAAAUACUCGCAACGCAGGCUCCGUGACAGAGAUUGACAAUUUUGAUGGUGAAAAUGGUGAAAUUGAUGAAAGUACAAGUCAACACGAUAUUAGCUUUGUUGAUGAUAGGUACGAGAUCAGGAUCAAAGAUUUGGAAGCCAACUUAUUUAUUGUCUCCCAAGAGCGAGACCAAAUGAGAGAAGAGCUCAUUAGUUUGAAGAAGCAAAUAUAUAAUACAAGGAAUAAUGCUUCUUUCUCUUCUUCACCAGUUGUCUCCUCGCCUAACAUAUAAAAUAUUUUCGAGUAGGAGAUUUAUAUUUAUGUUCUUAUGUAGCACUAUAAUCAAUGCAUCAUCUUUGGUUUCCAAAGAAACUUUUUACAAAGUUAUAAAUCCAGUGGCUCGCUAUCCCAUAAAUCGGAGUCUUUU